AUCAGUGUCUUUGCCCAAAUUUUUCCACAAUGGCUUUAUCAGCCGAGGCGAUAAUUGCUCUCAUAGCUCUAUUCAUUGCUUCGGUUCCUGGCAUUCGGUUGGUCGUCCAGAACAGAGAACGGCUCCGGCAGUGGUGGAGCCGAGGAACCACUACCGAAGGUUCGGUAUCCGUAUUGUCUGUCCAUGACCGGCCGAAUGAAGAGAAUCGGGAAAACGGCCCUCUCAACUAUACUCCUGACUCUCAUCCAAUCAUCCCAUCUUACCUUCCGCUGUCUUCAACGAGAGAUCCACCCUACCAUCAUCGCUCUUCUUCAAUCUUCGAACCCAUUUACACUGUGCUGCAAAGAUACGAGAAUGCCAGUAGAGGACAGCCCUCACAACGACUGGAAAGCGGCAUUUUUUUCUUCGCCAGGUCCUCUGACACUGGACAAGCUUGCGGGAAUGAUUCCUUCGCAGGCGGUAGUACCAAUAGCGCUUCUUCAUCCCAUGAGGAAUUACACCAGCUUGUGUAGGAAAUUUAAGUUCUUGGAUAACAUUCUACGAAUUGUGUCUAUCAUUGCCAUGUCUUAGUAGUGAAUAUGCGUGGUAAUAAAUGUAUGUAUACAUAUGGAUGUACAUAUUUCGUCGCGUCUGCCAUAGUCCCCCUCCUUAAUAAAGAAG